CACGAUGCCUCCUCUUUUACGCUCCUCGGCGUUGCUCUGCCUAGUGCUCGCGUGUCUCCUUCUCGCUGGUAGCGAGGCUCGUUAUAGGCAGAAGAGGAUCGUCGGUGGUACCGAGGCCCCGGUGCCACCCGUCGACGAUCCCGUCGUCUUCGUGCGCAAGGAUGACACGGAAGCCCGCAUCUUCGGCACCAAGGACAAGCAGACCGGUUACUAUCUGUUUCGGGGUAUAAGGUAUGCCGAGCCACCGGUCGGCAACAGGAGAUUUAGGCGAUCGGUACCCAAGUACCUCGAGGGUGAGCUGAACGCCACCGAGUGGGGCCCACCCUGUCUCCAACCGGGCCCCGGCAACGAGGGCACGAUCGGCAGCGAGGACUGCCUCUUCCUCAACGUGUUCACUCCGGCUCUGCCCGACGCCACCGAAGGUCACCCGGUCGUCGUCUGGAUUCACGGCGGCGGCUUUCGUCGCGGCGCCGCCACGCAGUACGAGAUGAGAAACCUCGUGGAGAAGCGCGUCAUCGUCGUCUCCGUUCAGUACAGGCUCGGAUCGCUGGGUUUUCUCAGCGACGGCAGCAAGGAUCUGUCGGGUAACAACGGCAUGUUCGACAUGAUGCAAGCCAUCGAGUGGACCCGCAACUACAUCGAAUUCUUCGGCGGGAAUCCCAAAAAGAUCACGGCCUUCGGCCAGGGAAGCGGCGCCAGCGCGGCUUUCCUCAUGGGUCUUUCCAGCUUCGGUCAAAAUCGUCUCAGCGGCCUGAUCGCCAUGUCGGGCACGCCACUGUCCAACUUCGCGAUCGACAAGUCGCCCCAGAAUCACACCAACACCCUGGCCAAGGUUCACAACUGCUACCGCAGCACCUCCGUCGAGAUGGUCUACUGCUUGCGCAAGCUGCCCGCCGAGACUUUCGUCAACUACGACUCGAAGCGCGAGACCUUGUUGAAAGAGCCGCAAAACUUCGUUACCGAUCUGUCGUCGAUCCUCGGCACCGGUCCCGUCGUCGAGGGCCAGGACGAUCAGAGGUCGCUGCCGAACUUCGUCGAGUUCGAGCCCGAGCAGACGUUCACCAUGACCGAUCGCGUACCCGACAUACCGAUCCUCACGGGUGUCGUCAAGGACGAGACCGGAAGCGCCGUCGAGAGCAGCUACAAGGACAUCAUCAAUCAGACCCUCAAGCGCAUACCCGACUUCCUGGUCAAACAGCUCGUGCCCAGUCUGCAAAAGAUCGUCCCCUCGAUCGGUAGCGUCGUCAAGACCUUCGUACCCGAGGCCUUCGGCAAGUACCUCAGUCCCUUCGUGAAUCCGAGCGGCGGCCGGAACAACGGCGGCGAUCCCUUCGCCACCCUGGCCAAGGUCACGGACGCCCUCAACGACGCCAUCUUCAACGUGCCCGCGUUCCUGACCGUGAAAAAUUGGUCAAAGCACUCCAAGGCUUUCCUCUACAGCUUCGAUCACGUGAGCAAGCAGGGAUUCGGAAAGCAUUUCUUGGACGGAUCGCCGCUCGUUGGGAAUUCCAAGGAAACCGGUAAAACUGGCCACGGCGAUGACCUCGGCUACAUCUUCGAGCCAAAUACCAUCGACGGUAAACCGAUGAACAUGCCAGGCUUGGCUGGCGAGGACAUGGAGGUGCGCGAAGUCUUUACCGAUCUGGUGGCUCAGUUCGCCAGGAGCGGCGAAGCUAUGGUCAAGACCAAGGCAGAGGACGGCAGUAUUCUGCCCAUGGCCCUACCGUCCUUCACGGGUGGCAACGAGGACGACAGCUUCCUCAGUAUCUCGGCCAAGCCGAAAGUAGCCAACAAGUUUAGGUACUGCGAGUUGGGCCUGUGGACCGGCGAACUGGAAAGACUCAAGUCUUCCUUCUGCAACUUCUUGUUCCUUGACUCGAUCAAGGACCCGAUCAAGACCGUGCAAAGGACCUUCAACACCAUCUCGAACGUACCCCGGCUCGCCAAAGUCGCCGAAGUCUCGGACUUCCUGGAUCUCAGCAAGAUCGAUUCACCUGUAAAGAUACCCCUAAACCUGCCCAGCGUGAACGAUCUGCCUGGCAACAUAGCCUCUGGUAUCUCGAAUUUGAACCCUCUCGGGUCAGGCAACAAUCCCGUGGGCGCCGUGACCUCCGGAUUCCUGCCUAACGAUCAAUCGGGCGCGGCGACGUCCUCGUUCCUGCCGGUACCGGUGAAGGACGUUUUUCCGCUGCACACCCCGACGAGGGACGUGCCGAUUCAACAGAAUCCAGUGAGGGAUUCUGUGCCCGUUCAACAGGUAUCGCCGCACAGUCCACCAGCGGUGAGGGACGUCGUGCCAGGAGCUCAGGUCUUGCCGAGCAAUCUGUUCGGCACCGUGACGAAUCAGGUGCUGCAGCCGAGCAACAACAACAAUCCGUACACCUCGACGACGCAGUUCCACGCUCCCGCGAUUACGACGCACUUGCACCAGUACACCAGGCCGUCACAGCAGCAGCAGCAGCAGAUACCGAGCAAUCCUCUGAAUCGAUUCAUUGGCUGAUCGCGACGAAAAUUUCCAUCUUACCAACGGCAACGACGGCGCACACGUUUUCCCACAAACUGCUGUUUCUGAUUGGAAUUAUAAAUAAUAUGUAUCGUGUUUUCGAAAAAUUGUUAAAUUAUCACUUUGUAUCUACUCAUACUGCUGGUAAAAAUUUCAACAUUUCAAAGGUGCAAUUACAAUGUAACGAUUAAACUUGCUAU